AUGAAUAAUAUACCAAUUAAGAGUAUAGGAUGUAUAAAAUCAUCUAUACGAUUAUUCUCAACCUCUUCUGCCAGAUUGGGUAGAAAUCCAGAAAACAAUCCCAACUUUCAAGAAACAUUUCAAAAAUUCUUAGGACCCAAAGAUAUUCGUGGUGAAUAUCCUCAAAAUCCAUAUUAUUAUCCACCAACUGACAAUAAUCCAAAAUAUAUCGGUACUGAAGGGAUGCAAAUUACUAGAGAUGUAUCCUCUAGUUUUAGAAAUAGACCGGCUCCAUAUAUUAAUAGAGGUCGUAAUCAAUCAUUACAUCCAUUUCCAAAUAAUACAAAUACAACUACAGCAUAUAUGUUACCUGAUGAAUUGAAAGAUAAGAUAUUGGAAGAAGUUACGGAGAAUGGAUUGACUGCACAACAAGUUGCUAUCAAAUAUCAAAUUAAUAUUUUGAGAAUUGAAGCUAUUUUGAAAUUAAAUGAAAUUAGAGAAAAUUUUAUUCCUGAUGAUGAAUCAAUAGCUAACGAUCUUAAAACCUAUGCCCAAACAAUGAAGGGAUUAUUCCCAUUAUUCAAAAUUGGACAAAAUGAAGAUAAUUUAACAGAAAUUCCAUUGCCUCCAAAAACAUUACAACAACGUUUCGUAACAAUCUCUGAAUAUGAACCAUUUGGACCAGUAGAUGCUGCCAGAGUAUUAGAAUUGGAACCUGCUAAAGAUAUCUUGAAAUCUUUGUCAGAAGUUGCAUCUCAUCUGGAUGAUGAUAAAAGUAGAGUUCAAAAAGUUAUGUAUGGGGUUGAAAGAGAAGGAGAUAAGAAUCUUUUUAGAUUUACAGCAAAGAAAGCUGGGGAUGUUGGAUACCGUUAUGGUGCUUCAAGAAGAGAUAGAAAGAAGGAUAGAAAGAUUGGAUUUGAUCGUGCUGGUAAAAUGGUAGUGUUAUGUGUAUUAGGGUUAUCCCAGUUGAUUGCUGGUUCAGCCUUUACUUUUAUAUUAGGAGCACAAGAAAGAUCAUGUUUUUAUGUAUUCACUGACAAACCAAAUACUGGUAUUCGUUAUUAUUUUGCUGUUCAAAGUGGAGGACAAUUCGAUGUUGAUUAUGAAAUUAAAGAUCCUCAAGGUAAUGUUGUUCUGCUGGAUCAAAAACAAAGACAAGGGGAUUAUGUCUUCACGGCUCAUUCAGUAGGAGAAUAUGAAUUUUGUUUCUCAAAUCAAAUGUCAACAUUUGCUGAAAAAGUGGUUGAUUUUGAAAUUAGUUUUGAAAAUGAUGAUGAUCCUAAGAAGUUUAAGGCUGAUAUGCCAGAGCAACCAAAUGUUAAACCAUUAGAACAUGUUGAAAGUAUGCAACAAACAGUUGAUCAGAUUGAAGAACAAUUGGAUGGUUUAUAUAAGACUUUACAAUAUUAUAAAACUAGAAAUAAUAGAAAUCAAGCAACUGUUAGAUCAACUGAAUCAAGAAUUUAUUAUUUUUCAGUAUUUGAAGUUUUAUUGAUGGUUGGUAUGGCAUUCUUACAAAUUACAAUUGUUCAAUUGUUCUUUAAAGGUUCUAGAAAACAAUUGGUAUAA